AUGGCUUCUCUUCCACCACCGAUUGCUCAAACAAAUGAUAUAGAUCAUUACAAUGAUAAACCUCCAGUUUUUGAUGGAGAUAGAUUUGACUAUUAUGCAAGUGGCAAUAAAGUUGAAAGAAGAGUGAUGACAGAUCAACAGAAGAAAAACUAUAAGAAUCAUCACAAAGCAAGAACCGUCUUGCUAAAUGUUAUUUCAUACACUGAGUAUGAGAUAAUCACCAACAGAGAUACUGCUAAAUCUAUAUUUGAUUAUCUAAGGAUGGCGCAUGAAGGGAAUUCACACGUCAAAGAAACCAAGGCUCUUGCCUUGAUUCAAAAAUAUGAAGCAUUCAAGACGGAGGGUGAAGAAAUUGUUGAGAAUAUGUUCUUAAGGUUUCAGACUCUUAUUGCAGGACUUAAGGUUCUUAACAAAGGGUAUUCUACUACUGAUCAUGUUAAAAAGAUCAUCAAAAGUCUACCUAAGAGUUAUAGACCUAUGAUAACUGCUCUAAAGUUAUCAAAGGAUCUUAACAACACUUCUCUUGAAGAACUGGUUAGUUCUUUAAAAAGUCGUGAGAUUGAGCUCGAGGAAGAUGAGCCCAAGAGAAAUAGAAAAUAUAUUUCUCUGAAGUCUUCAGGAAGAUCUGAGAAGACAAAAGCUCUUCAAGCAGAAACUGAUGAAGAGUCAGAAGAGGAAUCAGAAGAAGAAGAUGAACUGUCUCUUCUAUCCAGGCACGUUAAUCAACUCUGGAAGAAAAGGCAAGGGAAAUUCAGAGGACAAAGAAGGAUAAGUGGUCGUUCCGAGUCCACUUCUGGAUCCAAGAAAGUUGGAGCUGGCAAAGAACUCACAUGCUUUGAGUGCAAGGAUCCUGGCCAUUUCAAGAAUGAAUGUCCCAAGUUAAAGAAAGAAAGGCCUAAGAAGAACUUCAGAGGAAAGAAGAAGGAUUCUGAAGAGGUAUUUUCUAAACUUUCUCGUUCUAAGCUUGAAUCUAGUUUAUCUAAAGUUCUAGAAAAGUAUCAGAAUCUUCUGGACAAAUACAAGGAUCUGAAGAAGAUUCAUGUAUCUGAAUCAGAAGCUUAUUGUAGGCUUCAGAAAGAUUUUUCAAGUUUGAGUGAAGAAAAUCUCAUUUUGAAAAAUAACAACUUUAGGCCUCAAUGCAAGAGUCUCAAACCUAAAAUGAAAAUUAUUUCUAAAGUCUCUACAGGCUCUGGUGAUAUCAUAAAGAAAUAUGAUAAAUAUUUCCAAAAAUUUCUUGCUAAAAGCCUGAAUAGAAGCUUAAUGGCUCCCAUUAUCUAUGGUGUUAGUAGAAAUGAAACAAGGGGUAUUGGCUAUGAUUCUAAUGAUGAAUCUGAUUCUGAAAAAGAGGAUAAGCCAAAUACUCUCCAGUCCUUUUUGUUUGGAGUUAUUCCUAAAGGUAAAAUUGCUUAUAAACCUAAGGCUAAAGCGAAACCUCAUUCCCGUUUCAAUUAUGCAUACAUGUAUAGUUAUCUUGCAAAUAAACCAAGUUUAUUAAUAACGAGAAGACUAACCCCAAAGGAUCUAGAAAGAUGUGGGUACCUAAAGACAAGAUAG